AUGCCUACUCGAAUUAUUACUGACUUCGAGUUGACACCUAUCAACACAUCUCAUCAUAAAUUCCCAAAUGCAGUUCAAAAAGGUUGCUACUUCUAUCUGUGUCAAAGUAGAUGGUGCAAAAUUCAGGAAAAUGGGCUAGCCACCCAAUAUGGAAAUGACAUUCAGUUUAGUUUGAUGAUCUGCUAUUUAUUUGCUUUAGCAUUCCUUUCAGCUCAAGAAAUUCCUGCUACAUUUAAAAUUCCGAAGUCAUGUGAUGGAACUGUAGCAACUCAUGGCUUGCCUUUAUUUCAACCAAGCUUAUGGUCUAUUUAUGAUUCGAUUGAGCUAGGUGUUCCAAGAACACAGAAUGUUGUAGAGGCCUGGCACCACUAUUGGAAGACAUUAGUUGGAGGAUUAAAU